UUGAAGAAAUAAUGAAUUGGGAACAGAAAAAUUGGAGGGAAGAAUGGGAUGAACAAAUGAAAACACAUCCAGAGACUUUAUAUCCCGAUUAUGAUAUUCUUGUUAAUUCUAAACCUUAUUUUCUUUAUAAUGCUACACAAAUAUCUCAAUUUCCUAAACCUUUUGAAGAAGAACAAUUAUUUGUUUGGUUAGAUGCUGGGUAUGGGCAUGGAUCUCAAUCAGCAAUACCUUUAGGAAUAUGGAAACCUACUCAAAUUAAUUAUGAACAAAUUACUCUUAUUCAACUUCCUACUCAUGGAGAACGUGUAGAACGUUACACAAUUGAAAGGGUUUAUCGAAAGCAUCGUUCAGUAAUUAGUGGGGGCUUUUUGGCUGGGGGAGAAAAAGUAAUUAGGCGUUUUUGGACAUUUUUUAUGAAAACUUUUUUGGAAUUACUCGAUCAACAUUUUGUUGAUGAUGAUCAAACAACUUUGUUAAUAACAAUUCAACGUUAUAAUUCUACUUUUAAAUUGCUCAAAGGCAAUUGGUUUGAUGCUUUUAAAUUAUUGCCUUCUAAUAAUUAA